AGAGACAGGUUUGGCUGGGUCUCCAGCUGACGGCAUUCCUUCCUUCCUGACUUUCUUAAGCAUUUUCUUGGAUUUCUGGCCUAAAGAAGAGCUCAGUGAAAGAUGGAGGUGGUUGAGGCAGGAGCUCUGCUCCUUCUCUACUUGCUCUUCGCUUUACUCUUCUCCUUCUUCAAAAUGUACAAGAAGAAAAGCCAGCUACCCCCAGGACCCACUCCCUGGUUCUUGCUGGGAAAUCUCCUGCAGAAAGAUGUCCUGCCUCUCUACAAGUUCUAUAAAAAGGUGAGUUUCCCUGUCCAUAAAUGUCAAUAGGAUUUUGCCUAGAAUAGUAGGACAGAGAGAGGAGGACACAAAUUUAAUUUCUUCCUUGUCUGGUCUGUGUAUAUCUGCUUGAGUCUGAUGCUUUGAGAAGCCUUCAGUUAACAGAAUGGAGCUUAUGAUAGGAAAGUUCCCAUCCUCUUUGUCUUUUCCCAUGCUAGAAGGCUUUAGAGAGAAUGGGGAUCCAUAUGAACCAACUUGGACCCUGUGAUUGUCAUCCGAGGCCCUUCUUUUGUGCCUUCUCUGUGAGAACUCCAUAGGGUGACAACAUGAGAAUGGGCCUUUGCUGUGGUGGCUCACCAUUUGUGCAAUGCUCUAUCCAAGGAAGCUCACCUGGUGCGUUCAUUACAUAUCUUGAGGCACCAGGCAAAAAUAUUCAUUGUCACCCAGGCCUUUGGCUAAUUAAGCAAUCUAUACCGUUUAAACUUCGGGGAGGGGGGUAUUCUUUUUGCCUGUUAUUAUGCUAUGUAUUUCUGUGUUUUUAAAUUAAUAUUAAUAAUAAUAUGAUGAUGAUAUAGUCCUCAGAAUAAGAGCACUAUAGAAAAAGUAAAAAUAAUGAAUGAAUGAAUAACAGCCAUUAAUUUUGAUGGAGGAUAAAGCUACAGUUGAUGGCCAUAUUAUAACUUCAGGAAAUCUGCCUUGGUGGAACUGAGUGCCUACUACCAACUUUAACUGGUGUCCCAGCUGUGUCUCUAUCUUAUCAGCUGUUAAAACUGUCCAUCAUUACAUCUAGGAGUCAUGAAUUCCAAACUCUGUGCUGUGUCUAAGAAGUACAGUUAUACCUUGGAUGUCGAAUGGAAUCCUUCCAGAAGUCCAUUCGACUUCCAAAAGUUCGGAAAUCAAAGUACAACUUCUGAUUGGCUGCAGGAAGCUCCUGUAGCCAAUCAGAAGCUGCAGAAGCCCCAUCGGACAUUCAGCUUCCAAAAAUAGUUCGCAAACCGAAACAGUCACUUCUGGGUUUGUGGUAUUCGGGAGCCAAAACGUUUGAGAAUUAAGCUGUCUGAAAACCAAGGUAUGACUGUUUUUCCUUGUGUUUCUCUUGAAUUUCCCACCAUAGAGCAUCACUGGGUGACUAGCAUCACUGGGUGACUGGUCAGGGAAGAGAUCUUGUGUGAUGGGAGAGGGAGCAAAACCUCUCUCUCCGCUUCCUUCCCACCAUGACACUGUUACACACUGCUGUCUUCUCUCCUCUUACUCACCUUUUUCCUAAAAAAAGAAAGAAAGAUCCAGAUGUUGUGCCCAAGUUUGGCCCAGGGGACACAGUUUCUCCACCCCUGCCCUGAGGCAUCUGUCCAAAGGAAGCAUUGCCCAAUGAACCUUGCUUGUCUUUGAUUCUACUUUCAGCUCAUUGAUAAAUAUGGCCCCAUCUUUACUGUCUGGAUCGGGCCAAAGCCCAUCGUUGUGAUUUGUGGAUAUGAAACAAUGAAAGAUGCUUUUGUGAAUCAUGCUGAAGAAUUUGGUGGGCGUCCUGCAAUGCCCUUCAUAGACAGAGCGAACAACUAUCGAGGUAAGGGGUGUAUUGCAUUUCUGUGCUUAUUUUUGGAUUACCUGUGUUAACCUAGGCCCUGCCACACUUCCCUGUCUAUUAUGCUCAGCAGUUAUGCCAUAUUUCAGGUACACAAGUAGAGCAGCCAUGCUGGAUGAAAAUGGAUGACAUUACGCCAUGUUUGUGUCUUCAGUAUCAGCUGCUUGGAUCUUUGUGAACAUGUUUGUAGCUUUAGGUUCAAUGAAUGGUGUGGCGUUUGCCCUCCUAGGUGUGUGACAUCAUACUGGCUUCAUAAGGAAAGGGUUAACUAAGUGUAAAAUGAUUAACCAAUAGGAACCCAAGGGAAGGAGUUAGAGUUAGAGUUGUUAAGAAGUUAGUCUGGAGUUAGAGAAGAGAGAGGGAGGAUAAGUCUGUGGGUUGUGAUAGUCUGAUGUGAGAGAGUGAGAGAAUCUGUUAAGUGGAGUCAGUCAAACAGUCAAGAUAAUCAGUUAGAAGGUAUUAGGAAGGUAUAGGCCGGUAAAGAAACUAAGGUUAAGAAACUGACAAGAAAAUUAUCUGAGAAACCAUAAACUUGUUAAUGCUUAUAAAAUAAACUUGUUUAUUUGGUUUAAUUUUAACAACUGUCUGGACUCAGUGUGUACCUGAGAGUAAUGGGUUGGUGGCAGCGGGGAAGUGAGCACAGUGGUGGUUUCCGGGGACCCUGUGUGAUCGCCACAAAUGGAGACCUUGGCAUUGUGAAAAGAGUAACAGAACAACAGCCAUGAAGCCAAACAAAAAAAAAACCAACUGAUAGCACAAGAGGUUUUGGCAAACCAGUGCUUGAGUGUGUGAAAAAGUGACCUGUGUGAAGAACUGCUGAUAUAGCAUUGGCGCAAGUUGCUCCUGCCCCCCUAUUCCGGAUAGAUUAUCAGAGGGAAAUUUUUUUGGGGAAGUCCAGCUCCAUGCUCAUAGCUCAGUUGGUAGAGAAUGAGACUCAACCUCAGGGUCGUGGGUUUGAUCCCCACAUCAGGCAAAAGGUUCUUGCAUUGCAGGGGAUUGGACUAGAAGACCCUCGUGGUCCCUUCCAUCCCUACAAUUCUGUGGUUCUUUUAAUGUUGUAUAAUCUCAGUGCAAGCGAACCACAAACAAAUCAGGCUGAAUGCUGAAUAAACCAGUUGUCUGGAACCACCACAUUUGCAAUUACAAAUGGGAAUAUAGCUUGAAGGAGGAAGGCACCAGCUCUCAUAUUGAAACUUCCUGCUGGUUUCUGCACAUUGAGCUCUCCACCUGUUUCCUUUCAGGAAUGGUCAACAGAAAUGAGGCAAAAUGGAGAGAGGUGCGCAGGUUCACAUUAUCCACCCUGCGGGAAUUUGGGAUGGGAAAGAAAACAAUGUCUGAGAGGAUACAAGAGGAAGCCCUUUGCCUGGUAGAAGAAUUGGUGGCCACACAAGGUACUCUUGAGCCAUACGUCUUCCAAAGAAGAUUCUGCCAUCCUUCAAUGCAGGAAGUGGGGUUUUAUUUUGUGAUUGUUGUUGGUGAUUGUAAUUUGUCUCUUUUUACUUCAGACCUCUCCGAUUUUAAUUCUCUCUUUAAAUAUUGGGCAAGCUUUAUAUUCUUCUUGGGGGUGGUGGUUCUAUAAUUAAUUUGUUUUUAAAGCUAAGUGUCAGGGGUCUGCCUCCAAGGGAGAGGGGAGACAGGAAUGUACAGACAGCCUCCCCCUCUGUUGAGCAGCUGCACCUCGUCAGUCUGGUGAAAGCAAGACUUUAGGAGAAACGGACGACGAGAGAAAGGGGGGGGGAGGAUGCAAAGGUUCCGUCAGGCUGAGAUGAGCCACGACACCGCUUCCAGGGAGUUGGACGUGCCUCUUCCAUUGCAUAGUUUUCGCCAGGGAAUUACACGUAAGGAAAAGAGGCGGAAAUGGGGUUCUCCCGGGUUUAUAUGCUGGAGGGCAAACAGGAAGAAGGCACUUCCGAAAUCUGCUAGUGAUUGAGGCAGACAUGGAUUUUGGACCUCUCCACUGUACAUAGUUUUUGCGCUCAAUAAAACUUAUAAAACCCUCCCAAAACUAACCUACCUAUUCCAAACCCUUCCAAUCUGGAUCCCCCAAACCCAACUCCGCAGAUUGCAGGGAAAACUACACUCCUUUAUCUUCUCACACACAAGCCAAGAAUAAGCCCCAAAUACCUGCACCUCCCCGGAGGAGGAGCCAACAUGGCGCCGAGGUAAGACGCGCUUACCGGUGCUCUUCGGACUUCUUUUAAUCUUUUUUAAUCUUUUAUACUUUUAUCUCAACUGACUCAGUCAGUUUUUGAAGUAUUUUAUAAUUGCUGCAGCCGCAUAUCUUGGAAACUCUUUGAGAGAUUUGGCCCUGCUCCAGACUGCUGCAAGCCGCUCUUUGUUUCUCUCAUAUCAGCGGGCUGGCUUUAGCUGCUAAAGGAGUUGAGAACGCCAUUAUCUUAAUUGCGUGUUAAGUGUUAUGUUAUUUUAAGAAUCGUAUAAUCUCUGGCCUGAGGAAAGCAUGGGUCAGAAAAACGCUUGAGAGACUUUGACGAGCCCCUAUCAUCCCCUAAACCAAAACUAUCAAGGUUGGUGCCACACCGGAAUGGAGGAGGGAGUGACCAUGCCGAGCAAUGCUUUGCAGUGGAAACCCAAAAUCGCUUCCAACCUCUAAUUGAUUUAGAAGCUACUCCGAUUCCGAUGACUCAAAAUGUUUCAAAUGUAAAGCCUGUAAAGGAGAAUACGAAAGAAAAACUCUCAUCGCAGGAAGAUGGUUUGGCAUCUGUUAUGGGGGGUUCCCCAGUUGUGAGCAGUUACACUUAGUAAUUAAGACCCUUCACUGUAUUUUUAAAAGGCUGGACGAGGUAUCUUCACAAUUAUCCAAUAUCCUGCUGAAAAUCGGAAAACUUGAAUCAACAACACAAUCCUCAGUUUGUGAGGUCAAAAACUUAUUGCCUCACCCCCAUUCAGAUAAAAUACUGGAGACUAAAACUAAAUAUGUCUUAAAUUCCCAAUUGAACAAUCAGAUAUUAACUUUGCAACCCAAGAAAAGUUGCCUUUCUGUCAGGUCGGAAAUAGGAAGAUGGUCAACGCUAGAAGGAGCUAAAGACUGCUUAAGCAAACUUUUAAAAAUUAAGAAAUAUCAGAUUGACCUAUAUGCUGUAAUGUCCCUUCCACGGCAGACCAACUUCUUGAAGGUGAUACUUGCGUUCCACUCUGAAAAGAUACCAUCUAUUAUUGUUAGGAGGAAAACGCUUUUGUCCAUGGCCGACAUUGUAGCAACGAGGGUUUUUACAGACAGCAAGAUCAAACCCCUUCUAAAUAGGUGCCCUGGCGGUGAGGACAUUAGGACAAGAGACUCUGCCUUACUUCAAAAUACUGUCAGGCCCAAUCGCGAUGACUCUGCAGCGUGCCAUCCGCGACCAAACUCGAUACCCUCUCAAACUGCUAUAUAUGAGGAUGAUAAUCUGCAGACUGCCCUCGACGAAAGGGAACUUAUUGAUUCAUUCAGAGCCCUUCCUCCGAAAGAACAGUCGGUGAUGAUGCAAAGAUUUGACACGCUUAAAUCUCAGCUUUUGCAAGUCCAACAUAGAGGGGAAGAUACUAACGAUGUCUCAAAUAAUCCCACUUGGGCCCACCGGACAGAAGUGGUUGACCUUCUUCAGCUCAGCCCCACUCUGAAUUCAAAAACCAUCCGACAAGACUCAAAUCUUCAAGUUGCUUCUGCAGCGUGCGCUACAUCACGAGACGACCAGGCUCUGCCAUCCUCACUGAACCUUCAUCUAUAUUCAUCAACCAACAUACCUAAGGACGAAAUUCUGAUUUCCCUGCUUGACUCAAAUCCCUCUUUAACUCACUCAUCUAUGCCAGAGCUAGAAUCUUCUCCAGUUUCGUCCAGAUAUAGAAGUAGUCCACAAGUGAUGCCCCUGAGAGAGUCUUCCGUAAUUUCCACCUCCGUGAUGCCCCCUCAAUUACCUCCUUCAAAGGAAACUGCGAAUGUUACACCUCGGGACCCGCCGUCAGAAAUGAUUGAAGACCCGAUGGGACGCAUCAAUAAAAUAAUCCGAAUGUCGGAUGACAAAUCUGCGAGAGGGUUUACCCCGACGGACUCAAUUUCCCCCCUACCUGGGUAUUUCUCUGUCAAGUUGUACCAAGAAUUUCGAAAUGAAGAGACUUCCUGUUCAGAGACCUACUUUCAGUGGAUCAUCCACGGUGUGCCAACAGUCGAACCAAAUUGUUAAAAACUUUAAUUUGCAGGGCGCCUCACAGUUACCAUCUUCCCAAAGUAAAAUAACUGACUUUUUGUUACAUCUUCUGUCCUUAACAGAGAGUCUGCCCCCUCCAUUUUGACUGUUAAAAGAACAACAUAGAAGUCCCCAGCUAGCAGUCCUAAGUUGGAACAUUGCUGGCUGGAAAAGGAAAAGAUUAGAUCCCGAAUUUCUGUCCUAUAUAAACUCUUUCCAGAUAAUCCUUUUGCAAGAAACAUGGGAAGAAGAUAAAAUAGAUAUAAAUGGCUUUGAACUGAUAUCACUUCCAGCUAUCCCCUCCCAGAAAGGUGGCCGGUCCAGAGGCGGUCUUGCAAUCGCCAUAUCGCUUAAAAUGAGAGCUAAACUCUCGCUAGUUCAUACCUUUCCUCCUUUUGCUUUUACUGGUCUGAUUUCAAGUGAAAAAUUCUCAUUAUUAAUCACCAAUGUUUAUCUUCCUCCAGGUGGUCUGAUAUCAGACCUUCAUUAUAGAUGGGAUUCUCUGGAAGAUCAUUUAUUGGCAUGCUAUGUUAAGUACCCUAAUAUUCCAUCGAUAAUGGGUGGUGACUUCAAUGCACGUACAGCUGCCAACUGGAAUGGGAUAAUUAAGGCCAAGUGGUGGGUAUCUCCCCCCUACCCAAAAUCUGAUUUAAUCUCUUUCACAUCAAGAAGAUCUAAGGACAACAGAGUGAAUGAGGCGGGAGUCCUUCUUUAUCAAUUGGCCAUUCGUAUGAAUUUGAACAUUCUAAAUGGCAACUGCCCUCCGGACGUGCCAGGUGAAUUCACUCAUUUGGGCACAACAUCAAAUAGUGUCCUAGAUUAUCUUCUAGUCUCAGAAGACCUAUUUUCAAAUUUCUUUUAUCUCAAAGUAGAUAAUGUACAAUCCAGUGAUCACCUACCUCUAGCGGCCAAGCUAACGCUUGACUGGCACCCGGUUAGCGGAACACACCCAAUUCAUGUAGGUUUAAAUGCCACAGCUCAAGUAAGAGGCAUUAAAUGGUCCAUGAAACAGGCCCAAAAUAUGCAGAAUUCUUUCAGAGGAAUAGCUCCGAAUCCCUUAUUGUUUCAUUGGCGGAGCUGUCUGAACCAAAUAGGAUACUGGAGUGGUUCUUCCACUUCUCUGCAGAUUUAACUAGUUUCUUUACGAUGCCGGCUCACCUCGCUAACCGAGAUCAACCCAGGUUCGGUGCACCUUGGUUUGAUGCCAAAUGUAAGCAAGCUAGACUCUCUCUCUGUUGUAUCUACAACAGAUAUAAAGCCUCUGGAGCUGAAACUCUCCCCCCAGAGUACUUGCAGGCCAAAAUUGCUUACAAACAGGCUCAGAAGUCAGCCAAGCACGAGUGGCAGCUAAGACGUUGGCAAGCGCUGAUUGCUGCCUCUAAGCUUCGCAGCUCUCGCGGUUUUUGGAAUUUAAUCAACAAAAGAUCGAGGAAAUACCCAUUGACGGUUAUCCCAGCCCCGACAUGGGAACAAUUUCUAAGAAAAUAUUUCUCCCAGACAGACAUCUCUAACAUCCAAUCUGAUACUCUCUCAAGUCACUUGCCCAUAUGGCCAGAUACUGACCCGGAGGAAAUAGUAGAUUUAAUUGCCAAACUGAAAACUGAUAAAGCCCCAGGGCCCGAUCUGAUCCCGGCGGAAGCUAUUAAACAACAUCCAAUAUGGUGGGCUAAAAUUCUUGCAAAAAUCUUUGAUGCAAUCAAUGCCACGGGCCAGAUACCUACAUCAUGGAAGGAGUCCAUCAUAAUUCCUAUAUAUAAAAAAGGACCACCAGAGGACCCAGGAAACUAUCGUAAUAUCAGUUUAUUAUCAAUCAUCGGAAAAAUCUACACUCGCUUCUUGCUAACCAGACUAACCCAAUGGGCCGAAGAUUCCAAUCUGAUAGGCCAUGAACAGGUCGGGUUUAGACCAAAUCGCGCUUCUAUUGACCAUGCUAUAAUUCUAUAUCAUUUGGCGCGGAAAUAUUCUUCCCCUACUCAUGGUCUUCUAUGUGCCGCUUUUAUAGACCUGAAGGCGGCUUUUGACAGUAUCUCUAGAGAGCUGUUAUGGGAAAAACUGGCAAAGUGGGGCAUAGAAAAAGGCUGUUGUGGCUAUUGAUUAAAUUACAUGAAGGGACGGCUGCUAGGGUGAGGUUAACACCUGAGGGCGAUCUAACAAACUCAGUUCCAAUAAACAAGGGGGUACGACAAGGGUGUAUCCUUGCCCCCUAUCUUUUAACCUCUAUAUUAGUGACAUGAGGACGCCCUAGCUGAGGCCCAAACCUCCAUUCAUGCACCCAGGCUUGCAGACUAUCGCUGCCCCUUAUUAUUGUACGCUGACGAUGCGGUGAUCCUCUCUUAUUCUCGAAUCGGUUUGAGGAGGGCCCUUAAGAUUUUUGCAUCAUAUUGCCAAACAAAUUUACUUACUAUUAACCAUUCCAAAUCUAAAGUCCUAAUUUUUUCCAGGAGUCGUAAACUGUAUAGAUGGGAACUUGAGGGGAAGCCAAUUGAACAAGUUUACAAAUUUCAAUAUCUAGGAAUUUACUUCCAGUAUAAUAUGGGAUGGAAAGCGCAUAUCACAUAUUUACAAAACAAGGUGAAAGCCCUUAUCUACGCUAUACUACGCUUCUUCUUUACUGAGGGGCUAUGCAUGUUCCAUCCGCCUUAAAAGUUUAUAGUGCAAAAGUGGUUGCAACUAUGGCCUAUGCGGUCCCUUUAUGGGGCGUCUUUGUAAACCUCUUGCCUCUGGUGACAUUGCAAAAUCUUUUCUAAGACGCCUUUUGAAACUACCCUCCUGUGUAAGCAACUCUGCCAUUCGCUUAGAACUUAAGACCCCUCCCUUGAGAUUCUGAUGUGGAGACAUGCCUUUAAUUAUUGGCUGUCCCUUUGGCAUAAAUUGCCAAACUACCAUCUUAUUCAGUGCCUUUGGAGAGAUGAAUUCACCAGCCCAUGGGCAACAAAAAUCCAUUCCAAACUGUUGUCUUAUGGAAUCUCUCCUCCGAUAUACUUAAUUUAGAUCUAAUUACAGCUAAAAAGGUCAUCAAACAAAGAUUGGAGGAUGUAGAUUUACAACAAAAUCUUACCACAGGUGGAGGUACAUGUUCCCCGAUAUAUCAGGGCAUUACAUCUAUGUCCCAGAUACCUCGAUAUCUGUCUACUUUAUCGGCUGCGUCGCAUAGAUUCGCAUUUGUUAGAGCCAGAUUUAAUGUGUUCCCCUCAAAUGUGCUGAGCAAUAGAUUUUCUAACGGUAAAAUCUCUGUUUUGUGCGCAUGUGACAACAAAUCGAUAGAAUCCCUUUAUCAUAUCUUGUUUAAUUGCCCCUUAUACAAUGUUCCCGAUCAAGGAUCCUGAGUUCAAUCAUCCUGGAAAUUGCUGCUAAACCACCUGAAUUACAUCUAGCUUAUCUACUCCAGGACAUUGACUCUUAUAGAACUUUACAGGUUGCUAGAUUCCUGAUCUCAGUUCUGUCAUAUAAAAGACUUCAGGGAAUGCUGCAUGACUAUUAAAAAUUCAGUAAACUCUAUGCACCAUCUUUAUCUUCAAGGCCAUAACACGGUACAUUUAGAGAUUAUGCGUUGAAAUAUUUUAGUUGAUAUUUUAGAUUGUAAAAUGCUAUUGAUUUUAUCUAUUGAUUUUUAUCUAUUGAUUUGUUUUACCUUGUGGGCUUAUAGCCGAAUAAAGUAUUAUCUAUCUAUCUGCACCUCCCCACCUCAGAAGGAGGAUGGGGGGGGGGACUUCCAGGUUGGCGCCAUCGGCAAUGGCGGAAUUCCUCUGACUGGGAGGAAUUUGCCCCGUGGGAAAUUGCGUCUGGCCACCACGGCGAAGGCGGAGACCCGUAAAAUUCAUAGGCGGGAGAAGCCUGUGAACGUGGGAUUCGGCGGGCACCAUCUGCGCCUCCCCUACUCGCGGGGAAACCCGUUUUUGGGGCUCUGGAGCGACGUGGGGUGAGUGGCGCGGUGCUUCGAAUCGUCUGCUUCUUCCACGGAGCGAAGCCGCACAGCCGUUGUUGGAGAGCGUUGACUUUUUCCUGUGGACAAUUUGACUUUAAAGUAAUUACUUGUGAGUAGAGCUGAAACGGGAGAAUUGGAUUUCUAAAAGUAUAAUUUGGUAUCGAAGUGGGGAGGUUCAAAACAGGAGGUCCGCCUUCCCCUUUUGUAUAUAGACUGAGGCAAUGAAGUUGCAAGCUGGAGUCCUAGAAAGUCUUUUGUAAAAGAUUAAAUUUCCAUCAGUAAAGAACAAAACCCCCCUUUGGAGGCAGGAGAAGGGGGGGGGAGUUGUGGACUGAAUAUGCCUGCAGGAGAGAGCGAAGAGAUCUAAAACACUGCCGCUCUGACCCUGGAAACGGGCUGCUAGGAGGACUGACGUCUUUUGUAAUGUUCAUUGACAGCGUUUAGAACAUUCAUUGACAGCUAGUUAAACAAGAGAAAUACAUUGUUUCUGCUGUUUCCGGCUGCUUUAAAAAGGAGUAAAAGUAACUGAAAAUUGAAACUAACUUGAAACUAAUUUUUGGAUUGUUUAAAAGAGGAUACUAUUGACUAUUGCAAAUAGAAACUGUUUCCCCCUAGUGGAAGCCUUUGAAACCGGUUGCUUUACAAGAGUUGGGUUAGGGAAAUUUCCAGCUGCAAGUUAAAAACCGUGAGACUCUGGGACUGACCUUGAAUCUUUUAAGUGUUAUGGUAAAUGGAAGAGGAAAAACAGACCAGUCAACUGCUGAUAAAACAUUAAGGUCUGGGAGGACUUGGCAACAAUCCAGGAGAGGUCCACCAUCAGGCCCCCCUGCUUUUUCUGUUGCAGCCUUUGUACCAGUAUAUGUAAAACCAAGAGAAAUGUUGACAGAAGAGGCUCUAGUGGCCGCAUUAUUUAAGAUAAAUGAUUCAUUGGAUCAGCUUCACAGGAAAAUGGACACGAUAAAUGCGAAAGUGGAUGUUUCAAUCAUUAAAACUAACUUAAAUAUAGAAUGUAUAAAUAAUACUAAUAUAGAAACUACCCAGAAAUUGACACAGGAACCUAUUUCGAUACGGCAAACUGCGGAGGAGGCCAGGGAAAAGCUGUUGUUGCUGAAUGUAAAGAAACACAACUGGAGAGAAAGAGCAAGAGAGCCCCAGCCCUACAGAAGCAACUUGAUGAAUAUAAGUUGACGCUUGCUAUGACUGAACUUAAAGAAAAACAGACGAAUUUGAGGAUUAGAGUUCACCUUUGGUGGACAUGCUCAAGGAUUAAGACACUUUGGGAGAUGAUUCAUAAUGAAAUGAAAAAGGUAUUUAAAUAUACCUUUUUGAAGAAAUCAGAGGCCUUUCUCCCAGGCAUGGUUGGCCAAUUGGUGUUAAAGAAGGAUAGAACUUUUUUCACGUAUGUAACAAUAGCAGCAAGAAUACUCAUUAUGAAGUACUGGAAGACACAAGAUUUAUCUAUCCGGGAAGAAUGGCAGAUGAAGUUGAUGGACUAUAUGGAAUUGGCGGAAACGACUGGCAGAAAUCUGAGACCAGGGAGAAGAGUCGGUGGAAGAAGACUGGAAAAAGUUUAAGACUAUUUUUAGAAAUAUUGUAAAAAUAAUGAAUGUUAGAAAAAUGUUGGAAUGAAGUUAUAUGGCUUUAGUAGAAAUGCUAUAAGGAAUUAAGUAUAAAUAGACUAAUAGAGUAUUAAAGGGGAAAAUAAGAUUAGAAUAUGUUAAGAUAAUUAUAGGAUAGAAAACAGAGGAAGAUGGAAAGGAAUUGCUGAAACAGUUAAUAGAAGUGGAAUACAAAAAGGGAGGUGUGAGGAGGUCGUGGAAAUAAGGGAAUGAAAGUUAAGAUAUUGAAAUUGUUUUGUGUUUUAAAUGGUUUGCGUCUUGUUUUGUUAAUCUUAUGUUUUUUCUUUUCUUUUCUUUGUUUUUUCUUUUCCUUUUUUGUUUUUUCUGUUUUAUUGUGUUUAAAUGGUUGGAAAAUCAAUAAAUAUUAUUUAAAAAAAACAACAACAGAAGGAGGAUGAGGAAUCCCCAACAUAGAAGGAUAUUAUACUGCCAACCAAAUACGCCAUAUAAUCCCAUAUAUACUAGAAGAUGAGACAAAACUAUGGAUACACCUAGAGAGGGACACAACUGAAAAUACCUGCACCACAGCAUACCCUCUCCUCCCGAACAAACUAAGGAAAAUUCCCACAACACUUAACAGGUACACACAGACCAUGCUCAAGGCAUGGAAAACAGUAAUAGGCAAACUAUCCCCAACCCCAUCCCCACUAAUUCCCUAGGCAUACCACCCAUUAUUCCACCACGCAGCACAAAACCUCCAGAUUAAAACCUGGCAAACCAAAGGCCUAUAUCACCUAAUAGACUUCUACGAAAAUAACAAACUUUAUCAACACAAGAAAUACAAGACAAACUAGAAGACACCCAAAUGCCCUGGUUAACGCUUCACCAAUUACAUGCCUUCUUAAACAAUCCAGCAGUAAAAUCAGCAGCAACUAGGCCACUGACAACCUUUGAAAACCUCCUUUUAACAACAAAGGGACAUGGCAGAGAAAUGGUAUCCGCAGUAUACAAAAUACUACUACAAAAUCCCACGAAUUCCCUAGACGCAAUCAAAAAACAAUGGGAGGAUGACAUAGGCUAUGAGAUUAACCCCACUCAAUGGACCAAAAUGUGGACUAUACCCCCCUUUAAAUCCAUAUCAACGAAAAGAAAAGAACUCACUCUGAAACUCACCUACAGGUGGUACCUAACACCAAGAAAACUAGCACUAAUACGCCCAGGAAUCUCACCAAAAUGCUGGAGAGGGUGCACCUCCACAGGCACAUACCUCCACAUGUGGUGGGAGUGCCUCAAAAUCCAACCAUUCUGGACAACAACUGUACAAGAAAUAAGUAAAAUAACCAAGCAAGUAUUAGAAAUCACCCCAGAAUUGGCUUUACUAAACAUCUUCCCAGACAAUAAUGCCCACUUACACCACAAAGAACUCAUAACCCACCUACUUUCAGCCGCCAGAAGCAUCAUAGCCAGACACUGGAGAGACCUGUCAGGAGUAGGCAUGGACCAAUGGUACCAAAUAGUAUGGGAAACAGCCCUACUAGAAAAAUUAACCAAUAAACUGAAACUGACAAGGGGACAAAUAGAAGGAGACGCCUUUAUCACAUACACAGCCCAACAAGACAACGACAAUAAUCCACCAACAGCAUACAAAUCAAUAUGGCUAACCUGAUCCAAAACACCCACCCACCCCACUCACACAUGAAAACAAAAACCACCACAGCCAACCACAAAUGAAUAACCGCACCCUAGGCCAACCCCAACCUCUCUCACCACCAAAGGAACACAAACGAACAGCAAAAAACCUGCACAAGCAACGCUGACACCAAACCCUACAUAUAGUAAGUGAAAUAGAAACAUUGCCACCCGACCCCACUCUCACCCAUUGGCUGAGGGAGGCAGCGUAGCUUCCGGGUCAUGUGGCCAGCAUGACUAAGCUACUUCCCGCGAACCAGAGCAGCGCACGGAAACACCGUUUACCUUCCCGCUGGAGCAGUACCUAUUUAUCUACUAGCACUUUGAUGUGCUUUCGAACUGCUAGGUUGGCAGGAACAGGGACCGAGUGUGGCGAUCACACAGGGUCCCCGGAUGUUUCACCAUCUAUUAAUCCCUCUGCCACCACUUUAUUUCUUGCUGCCACCACCCAGGCCCUACCUGGUAAAAUACUGAGUCCAGUCAGGGUUAAAUUGGAACAUAAACUUCUGUUUAUUUAUUGCAGUUUAACAAGUGUGUGGUUUCAUAAACGGUCUCAGUCAAUUACAAUCAUGGGGUGCCUAUCCAGACCUAUAACUUCUGCUACUUGCUCUCACUCACUAAACCACCUCUAAGAUUUUUGCCUGCCUUCCUAGCUCCUAACUGUUCCUGACUCAGCUUUUUUCGCUACACUAACUCAACCUACCUACAGACUCUAUCCCAAUUCACACUCACUCCAACCAACCACCCAACUCCCAUUGAACUCCCCCUUCGCCCCUCCCAGAGCUGAUUUUAUAGUCCCUCUGACUCCACCCCCCGGGUUCUGAUUAGGUAACCUGUUUAACUAUUUCACCUCCAGCACUCUCAUAUGUUAACGUCAUACUGAGCAACGGGAGCUCACCCCAUUGCUGGGAUUCAAACCGCCAACCUUCUGAUCAGCAAGCCCUAGGCUCUGUGGUUUAGACCGCAGCGCCACCUAUGUCCCUUAAAUUCCAGAGAGAUAUCAAAAGGAAAAUAUAUCAGUUUUGCCAUAAAGGCAAAAAAAGUGCCCCAGAGUGGCUGGGACAACCCAGUCAGCAGAUGGAAGGGGUAUAUUAUUAUUAUUAUUAUUAUUACUACUACUACUAGUAGUAAUAAUAAUUAUUAUUAUUACUACUAGUAAUAAUAAUAUUAGUGGGUGGCGCUGUGGGUUAAACCACAGAGCCUAGGACUUGCCAAUCAGAAGGUUGGCGGUUCGAAUCCCCAAGACGGGGUGAGCUCCUGUUGCUCGGUCCCUGCUCCUGCCAACCAAACAGUUCGAAAGCACCUCAAAGUGCAAGUAGAUAAAUAGGUACCGCUCCAGUGGGAAGGUAAACGGCGUUUCCGUGCACUGCUCUGGUUCGCCAGAAGCGGCUUAGUCAUGCUGGCUGUACGCCGGCUCCCUCGGCCAGUAAAGCGAGAUGAGCACCGCAACCCCAGAGUCAGUCACGAUUGGACCUAAUGGUCAGGGGUCCCUUUACCUUACUACUACUACUACUACUACUAUUACCAACUUGCCAAGCCCCACUCACCAUGUCUUGUUUUUCUUGCAGGGCAGGCCUUUGACCCAAGAAGAAGCAUCACAUGUGCUGUUUCAAAUGUCCUCUCUUCAGUUGUCUUUGGGAAUCGUUUUGACUACAAAGAUCCGGUGCUGCUGGAGAACCUGCGUAUUGUGCAGGACUUCAUGGGCUACAUCCGUACUUUAUCAAUGCAGGCAUGUCGUUCCUUCUGCAUGCUGAACCUGGGGGUCUUUCUUCCACCUCUGUGUUUCUUUCUGCUGAUAACUAUUUCUGCACUCAAACAGGCAUGCUUCCUCAAAUUUACUUAUGUCACCAGUAGGGAUGUAAAAUGUGGUUCAAUUCAUCUCAGUGUGAUCUGUUACAGCUCUUUCUCCCACAUAACAAACUGCACUCCAAUUCAGUUCUUCACCCCAGUGGCAUGUCUUUAUGUAAAUAAUGCCAAAUAUAUCAUCACAUUUUUGUUAAAGUUGUAAGUUUACAUAAAAUGCCGUGUUUGAAUGCUGUAACCUUAAGCAAAAAUGUUUCACUCUGACAAAAGCAUCAGAGUAGCCUCCUAUUUUUCCAUUGGAGUGAGAUAGGUGGCCUGAUGACUCAUUUCUGGAUAUAAGAGUGGCAGAGCUCUCACAGGAGGAAGCUGAAUCUUGAAAAGUCUCUGUAUGUGCUUGUUGGACAUGACUGCUACUAGCAGUAGUAGCAGUAGAAGCAGCAACAGCAGCAGUAGCAGUAGCAGAGAAGUUCCAAAAGCCACAUUAAUUUACGGUAAUAACCUCUGAAUGAGAGAGAGGCAAAUACAGUUUAUCUCAUUUCUCAUUUAUCACAUUUAUACUGCAGUUUAUCUUAUUUCCUCAUUUCCCCAUUGCUUCUGUUCCAGAUUUAUAAUUUAGUCCCAGGAAUAAUGGCUUACCUACCUGGACAGCACAGGAAGAUAUUAGCAGACUGUGCAAAAAUGAAGGCCUUCAUUCGUGAGAGGGUGGAGUCCCACAGGAGGACACUGGAUCCUCAGAAUCUCCGUGACUAUAUUGAUUGCUUCCUUAUCAGGUCAGAGAAGGUAGGGAGAUCCACAACUUUCUUUCCCUACAUUUCUGAGAUGCCUUCAUUUGUAGUUAAUUUGAAACUGUCCGUCAUUGUUGUUGCACUCCCACAUUCUGAACCAUUGUCCCUCUCUUGGCUUUGGUGGCUGCUAAAGUCCAUCUCCAAACUAAACUCAGAUGGAAACAUCUGUCCUCCAGUUUAUUUAGACAUCAACCCAGGCAGCAGAAACGCAGCUGACCAAAAUGAAAUCAUACAUGAGAUUGUGGCCUGAAAUCCCCCCUCCCCACGCUGGUUCUCAAUGGUGUCUUUAUAUUCAACAAUAUCUUUAUAUUGCAAUGAGCAAUGUACAUCUUGUGUUUGAAGUUAACACAGUUCAUUCCAUUUAUAGCCUUGAGAAGACAAGGUCAUGACAGACCAGACCACCAAGGUUAUUGUGUGGAAUAGGAUGAGAUGUUUCAAUUUCUCCACCCUCCUUUCCCUUCUGCCUUGUUUACAGAAACAAACCAAUCCUGAGAAUAUCUACAGCACCGAAGAGCUUGUCCAGUGCGUGUUUGGACUCUUUAUUGCUGGGUCAACAAACUCAAGCACUGCCUUAGUCUUCAGCCUCCUGGUGAUGGCUAAAUUUCCACACAUUCAAGGUACUUAAAUGGCCAAAAGAUCUGAUUUGCUCUGCUAUCCAACACAAAAUUUUUCAAAGGUCACUUGCAGUAAAUUCAACGAAACAGCAAAAUAUGCACUAUUUCACUAAUAUAGUAAUAGUGUUAUGGUAAAAAACAAGUAAAGAAAAUAUCAAUGAACAAUUGGAAGUUGCAUGAUAAAAAAACAGCAAAGCUGUUCAGAGGCAGUAAGACUUACUCAUAAAGAUCACUGCAGAACAAAAAAGUAUUUCUACACCUCUAAAGAUGUCAGACAAGGAGGUUUGAAUGGGGGUUAACUUUAGCCUUAGUUUCUGAGAAGAGAAAGAUGAUUUGACAUACAAGUUUUUAUAUUUUCAUGCAGCUUUCCACUCAGAUGAAUCCCAAAGUGACUUCCAAUUAAUAAUAAUGGCAUGAUAGAACAUAGUAGAAAAUCACAAAUACAGUACAGCAUAAAUCAUAUGAAUAAUUCACAAAUAUUCAGAUGAUGCUCCCUGCAUUUUGGAAGAGAAAUUGCUUGAGAAAAUAUUACUGUGUCAGAUGAAAAGCAGCUCCAGAGUUCUGGAAGUACAUUUUCUGAAUGCUUUCCAUUGCAGCGAAAGUUCAACAGGAGAUUGAUGAGGUGGUAGGUGCCAACCGCAUCCCUGGCAUGGACGAUUGGGUGAGGAUGCCCUUCACAAAUGCCGUUAUCCAUGAGACUCAACGAUUUGAAAAAGGGAGCCUUGAGGGCUUCCCACGUGCAACAACGUGUCGUACAGAGUUCCGGGGCUACAUCAUCCCACAGGUAUGAUUCACGCAUGAAAUGAUCAGUUUACUAUGGGGAGGAAAAGGGAGGGAUUUAGCAUCACAUGAAGGGCCUUGAUCUGCCAUAGUUCCAGGCAGUGUGGAGACAAGUCGUAGUAAGUUCCACCCACCUACUCCAUUUCUGGUGAUUUUUCAGAAUGCUGUGCAAUUAUGUGAGACAGACUGCUUCAGCAAUCACUGUCUUUCUGAAAAGAAUGUCCUUUCUUAUAUGACUGUGAAACCAAAACAAAUAAUGCAAUGUCUAUCUUCUCCCUGAAGUCCACUACUGUGGUUCCAAUGCUCACAACUGUGCACUAUGACCCACUCCAGUGGGAGACUCCAGAAAAGUUUAACCCUGGACAUUUCUUGGAUGAGAAGGGUCAGUUCCGGAAAAGAAAUGCCUUCUUGCCUUUUUCUGCAGGUGACUUGAUUCGCAUGUUGUGGGGUUGGGGCUGGUGGCCGGUGUGUGGGUAGGAGUGGGACGCUGGGAGAAAACUGAUGGUUUUAGGACAUGGGUAGGCAAACUAAGGCCUGGGGGCCUGAUCUGGCCCAAUCACCUUCUAAAUCCGGCCCACAGAUGGUCCGGGAAUCAGCAUUUUUUACAUGAGUAGAAUGUGUCCUUUUAUUUAAAAUGCAUCUCUGGGUUAUUUGUGAGGCAUAGGAAUUCGUUCAUUCUCCCCCCCCCCCCCCCAGAUAUAGUCCUGCUCCCCACAAGGUCUGAGGGACAGUGAAAAAGUUUGCUGUUCUAGGAGAUAAAUAAAUGCUGGAAUUGGAGUGAUGGAAUGAAGGGCAAGGGUAUUUCUCCUGUUAACCUAAUCUUUGCUUUGGAGCUAAUAUGCAUGUGUGGAGCCAUUGAGCAAGGGUUUCUACUCACAAACUCACACAGAUUUGCAUAAAACUGAUUUGGUUCUGCUUUUCAAAUGAGAGCAAUUUCACACACACAGACCCCAGAAAUAGGUCACAUGUUGUCUAAGUUCUUGGCUUUAUCUGUAUGAAGAGGUCCCACACAUUUGCUGUCUUACACCGAGUUCCUUGGAUCUUCUGUUGCCCUAAUGACUCAUUAAAAGGUAAAGGGACCCCUGACCAUUAGGUCCAGUCAUGGCCGACUCUGGGAUUGUGGCUCUCAUCUUGCUUUAUUGGCCGAGGGAGCCUGCGUACAGCUUCCGGGUCAUGUGGCCAGCAUGACCAAGCUGCUUCUGGUGAACUGGAGCAGCGCAUGGAAACGCCGUUUACCUUCCCGCCAGAGAGGUACCUAUUUAUCUACUUGCACUUUGUGCUUUCGAACUGCUGGGUUGGCAGGAGCAGGGACUGAGCAACAGGAGCUCACCCCAUCGCGGGGAUUCGAAAUGCCGACCUUUUGAUCGGCAAGUCCUAGGCUCUGUGGUUUAACCCACAGUGCCACCCGCAUCCCAAUGACUCAUUACCUCCAGGCUAUUACUUGAAAAAGAAUGUUGGUCUGGCUUAAUUAGCUUUUAAAACAUGCCUAUUCCAGAUUAGCAUCAAGCAGGUCUUCCAAAUCCUGCUGUACUUUGAUGCUACAUAACAUGUCUACAAUGAAAUGCCACCCACGAGUCAGAGAAGCAAAACAAACUGGAGACCAACAGUUCAAAAACCUACUUGCUGAACCACCUUGACCUUUCAUGUACAUAACAGUGUGCAAACAGAGAGCUGUAGACACCAACUGAGAAUUGGCCCUAUUGCUGCCCUUGUUAUGCUUGCUUUGGUUUUUUGUUUUUUAAAAAAACUCUUAAACUCUAGCAUUUGCUGUGCACUAUCUUGGUCUUUGGUUAUUGAUUGGCUCUGCCUUCUUUCUUUCUGCCAGGAAAACGGGCAUGCCCAGGGGAAGCCCUGGCUCGGAUGGAACUGUUCCUGUUCUUCGCUGUUCUGCUCCAGAACUUCACCUUCCAGCUGGUGGGAGAUUUCAAAGAAAAGGACGUAACAUCUGUUCAUAUGCAGUACAAAAUGAAGAGCGCAUGCUUACAAAUGCAAGCCAUUAGACGUUCUAAGUGAUCCAGUGAGGUAAACUAAGCAGAAGGGAUCAAGUCAGUGCCUCCAAAACUAUUUGUAGUAAGUAGAAUGGAAGCACUGAGAGAUUUGAAUCCAACAGUACUGAGGAAAACCAAAUAUUCCAAGCUUAGGUGGAACAGGCCACAGGAGCCGCCCCCCAGUAAAAUAUUUGAGGAGGCUGCCCUCCAAGUUGAUAGAUAUUACCAUUCAAAUGGGGUGCAUAUGCUGCAUCUUGUGAUCAAUUAUGCAGGGCAGGACUUAAACCCCCCCCCCCGUAUUUUAUUAAAGUUAGCACCCCUGGACAAGGCAGAAAUUGAACAGGCUAAUCCAGAUAUUCUCAGACAUCAGCUCCCAUCAUCCCAGCUAGUAGUUGCUAGCAGGUUGCACGGGUGAUAAUGUGUUGCUAUCCUCACUUUUCAAUGCCACACAUUGCCCAUUAUUCAAUGCCAAUUAUUCACAGUAAACAGAACAGAAGUAAAACAAGGCUCCAAAAAUGAAUGGAAGGUCAAGUGAGAAUACCUUUACAAGUGUGUGUGAAGCAGAUACUGCAAAACAGUUUGUUGUUUAGCCGUUUAGUCGUGUCCGACUCUUUGUGACCCCAUGGACUAGAGCACGCCAGGCACUCCUGUCUUCCACUGCCUCCCGCAGUUUGGUCAAACUCAUGCUGGUAGCUUCGAGAACACUGUCCAACCAUCUCGUCCUCUGUCGUCCCCUUCUCCUUGUGCCCUCAAUCUCUCCCAACAUCAGGGUCUUUUCCAGGGAGUCUUCUCUUCUCAUGAGGUGGCCAAAGUAUUGGAGCCUCAGCUUCACGAUCUGUCCUUCCAGUGAGCACUCAGGGCUGAUUUCCUUAAGAAUGGAUAGGUUUGAUCUUCUUGCAGUCCACGCGACUCUCAAAACAGUAAAUUACCUGAAUUAAGGCUAUGACAGUAAUUUUAAAAUAUAAUAAGGAUCCUAACUAAAUGAAAUACUAUGUCAAUAUAUUUUGUUUUUGUUUUACAGAAGGUAUCUUUAGGAAAAUAAUAAAUCUAGUUUUGCCUGAAAAACUAAAAAAUAAAGCAGUAGUUAUUAUUA